AUGAACAAUGAGAUUAGGAGUGUAGUUGAACGAGUAAUGACGUCCUUCGGACUUGAUGAACUUAUUAGGUUAGAUUUGGCAUACGACAUAUUAAUAUCGCCUUCUCAUCGAUCACUCAUCGAAGGUUCAACUACUUGUGGAGGCUCCAGCGGAAAGGCGAUUUCUGUUACCACUUUCUAUGAUUGCAUCACCUCUGGCUGCUUCUCAAGGAAGUUGAACAUCGGAGAGCAGCUUGGAGGUCUGACGUCACCUCCUGCGUGGAUUAGAAUUUCGAGCUGUCUGGGUAUUGGCGAUUGGGAUUAG